UUCUAAAAGUGUAAGAGAACUGAGUUAGAGAAUAAAAACCUUAAUAUAAUCAUCUCAUCUACAACGAAUUGUACGGGAAGAUGGAAGAGAAGAGCAGAGUAUUGGUGAUCGGAGCAACAGGAAGAUUAGGGAACUACUUGACCCGUUUCAGCAUCCAAUCGGGUCACCAGACUUUCGCCCUCAUAAGAAACUCUGCUUUCUCCGAUCCUUCCAAGUCCGUUAACCUUGAAUCUCUCUCCUCCGCCGGCGUCACUCUCCUCAAAGGUCCAUUAGAAGAUGAAGUAAGCUUAGAAGAAGCAGUGAUGAAAGUAGAUGUAGUCAUCUCUGCGAUUCCAUCAAAACACGUUCUUGAUCAGAAACUCCUCAUCAAUGUCAUCAAACGAUCUCCCUCCAUCAAGAGGUUUAUCCCUGCUGAAUACGGAGCAGAUCCGGACAAAAUACAAGUCUCGGAUCUUGAUCACGGCUUCUACUCAAAAAAGUCUGAGAUAAGACGUCUUGUGGAAUCAUCAGGGAUUCCUUACACAUACAUUUGCUGCGGAUUGUUCAUGAGGAUUCUACUUCCAUCUCUUGUCCAACCGGGUCUUCAAUCACCUCCAAUGGAUAAAGUCACCCGUCUUUGGAGAUGGAAACGUUAAAGCUGUUUUUUGUGAAUGAGGUUGAUGCUGCAGCGUUUACAAUCAAAACGAUCGAUGAUCCUAGAACACUGAACAAGACAUUGUACCUUAGGCCGCCUGGAAACGUAUGUUCUAUGAAUGGUCUUGUUGAGCUAUGGGAAGGGAAGAUUGAGAAGAAGCUUGAGAAAACUUUUGUUACUGAAAGUCAACUUCUUGAGAUCCGUCCCACACAUACAUUCUCAGAUUUGGUCGUGUAGUAGCAUGCAGCUGUUUCACAGUUGUAUUAAAAUCCUACAUGACAUAUGUUUAUCUAAGUUGUGUAUUACUAGUUGAUAGUAGUACAUCAUUAUUUUUACUAAUCUUAAAUAGAACAUACUCGUAAUCCUUCUAUCUUGUUCAUUGUAUAUGUCAAAUUGAAAAAUAAAUCAUAUUCUUGUACUGAGAAAGUAAAA